CCUUUCCGUACGCAACGUAGCAUAUUCUUGUCAUUUGCGUCACGUUUGCACGGAUAUAUGUAAUUAGUGCAGUUACCCUUUACAAAAACCAUCACCUUUUUUUAUCGUUACGCAUGACUGAACAAUGUCGACAUCCAUUGUAGCUCCUAGGUUGACCUGAAUAUACUGGAGUAACAAUGGGCUUUACACACGUAUUCUAGCCGGUGAUACACGAGGUGGGCCGACGUCAGAUAUAUACCUAUUGGAUGUAGCCACAAUGUAUUUACAGAAAAGAUCUAGCAAACUUGCAGCAUUUUUAAUACUUGCGGCCUUCAUUCUUGGGUUAUGGUGCCGGGAUAUCGUCCAUACGAUUUUUAAGUCAAACGAACCCGCAGAGGAUAUUUACUUCAUCACAGGUGGACGAAGCUACGUUGACCCGGAUUUUAAUGAAUGUCGAGCCAAGGCACAUCCAGGUUACAUAUCACGAUACCCCCGGAAAAAGUGUGCGUCUAAUAAUACAUACAUAGACUUUGGUUCGACUAUGACCGUCGAGCAAUCCGUUCGUGUGAAUGCAUGUGUUCUAGAUUACAAGGCAGAAUUCAAACGACAACUCGAAUUGGAGAAAAAGAAUAUGGCAGUACGUUGGUCUAGUCAUCAUUAUCUGAACAAAAGCAGUUUUGUCAUUGAGGUGGGGGGUUAUAGCGGCUCGGACGCUGAACAAUUCAACUCUCGGUAUCACCCUGGUACUUACAUUGUUCUGGAACCCGUUGCAAAGUUUUUUUGAUAUUUUGAGGAAAAGAUUCUUUACCUCGCCAAACGUGGUGGUUUUCAAUUUCGGAAUCGAUGUUAGUGAUGGGGUAUUUUAUGUCAACGACGAAAGAAAUGAUGCCGCAUCAAUUUUCGAACAACAUCAAAUCGGCAAAGAGUGUAGGAUUGUGAACGUCACCAAAUUUUUCGAAAAUAUGUCAGUGAGGAAACGAGAGGUAGACCUGAUAACGUUGAACUGUGAAGGAUGUGAGUACGCUGUACUGGACCUUCUUCUCUCAACAGAUUACAUACGUCACUUCCGGAAUAUCCAGUUCCAACCUCAUAAUAUCCCGAGAAUAUGUUAUCCCAUCCAGAGGUUCUGCUGGUAUCAGGAACUUUUAAGAAGAACGCAUAAACUCACGUUUCAAUUCAAAUAUGUAUGGGAGAGUUGGAGCCGGAUAUAGAAAAAAAAAUUAAUGCAAAUAAUGUUCACCCAAAGAAUAUUUUUUGUACAGCAUAAUGAAUAUGUUGUUCUACUAGCAAAUACUAGUAUGAGGUCAGUUUACAUUCAUAUUUCAUCAUUUUAGCUUCUUUGUGCAGUAUUUAUCCGGCAAUAAGCCCACGCUUGGUAAUAAGCCCAUCGAUACAUAUUUCAGUUAAGAAGAGAUGCCAACAAAAGCUUUUUCAUUGUCCUAUAAUAAACUAAUCCCUCUGGUUUCAGUGUUGACUCCCUGGGCUUAUUGCAGGAUAAAUACGGUAAAUAAUAUUAAACAGGCAAAUACAUUAAUUGUCAUUGAAACAGCAAUACAUUUCAUGCUCAUUUUUGUCUCUAAAGAAUUUCAUUGUCACUGAAUAAAGUUCACGACUGUAGUUGAUAGUGAUCUGAACCCACUUAAAAACUGUUUCAAACAUAAGUAUGGUGUUCUUUAUCAAACUGCUGAAACUUGUAACUUUUAACUUUCAGACUGUUCACAAUAUUCAGUUAAGGAAAAUACGAUACUAAAUUAUAAACAACUCGGGGAAAUGUUCCCGAGACACUCGCUAGGUGAGUAUAUUUAUUAAAUCAUAGCUUAUCGUGCUUUUGUUAUAGUAAUAAAAACAGAGUAACAUUUAUAAUGGUUGUGCAUAUAUUUUGAACCCCUAAAUUCCAUCACGCUGGCGUCAAAUUUCUACGUUGGUUAUAAAUACUGCACACAGCCCCAGAUGCAGAUAGAGAUAACCUUCCUGGCCCCUUUUGUAUUCAGGAUGUCUCAUACUAUCAAUUUUCGCUUGAAAACACUCUAUUUAUUGCCUCCUUCUAUCUUCUU